AUGUUCAGCGGGGAGUGGGAGUGGGAGGGUGGUUUGUUUGCCGCCGGUGACUUGUUGAUUUGCUUCUGUGUAGGAGUGGGGCACAUGUUUUGGAGGAGAGGCGGCCGGUCUGUGGUGCCUUGCGGGUUGUACGUGCUGGAGCUGGUGUUGGUGGGCAGUGAUUUGCUGGUUCCGGCUGGACGGAAGGGCGUAGGCAUGAUGUUCAGCGGGGAGUGGGAGUGGGAGGGUGGUUUGUUUGCCGUCGGUGACUUGUUGAUUUGUGUCUGUGUAGGUCCUGUUGGUGCUGCAGCAAGCAGGGCAGGGCUGUUGAGAAGGCUUUGGAAUUUGUGGCCAUCAGGGUACGUGCUGGAGCUGGUGUUGGUGGGCAGUGAUUUGCAGGUGCGUGGAAGGGUGUUAGGUGAUUUGGAUUUUAGGAGGUCUUCGCAGCUGCGCAGUGUGGUUGUGUUGUGCUUUCCUGUUGUGUGGAGGGAUGCACUCAGAUGCGUGGAUAUGAGGAAGUCUGUUCGUAUUGCAGGAGUGGACUAUCCGUUUUGGUGGAGAGGUGGCCGGUCUGUGGUGCCUUGCGGGUGCGUGGAAGAUUGUUUGGCGUUUUGGGUUUCAGCUAGUGAGUGGGGCGCAUUGGGCGACAGAAUUGGAAUGGUUCCGCCCUGCAGCCGCUUUGCAGCUUGUGGGUGCGAGGCAGGAUUGGUGCUGGAGCUGGUGUUGGUGGGCAGUGAUUUGCUGGUUCGGCUGGACGGAAGGGCGUAG